AUGGCUGGGAGACCCAUCCGCAUAGGAGACCAGCUGGUGCUGGAGGAAGACUAUGAUGAGACCUACAUCCCCAGUGACCAAGAAAUCCUUGAAUUUGCCAAAGAGAUAGGUAUUGAUCCCAGCAAGGAGCCGGAGCUGAUGUGGCUGGCCCGGGAGGGCAUCGUGGCCCCGCUGCCUGCGGAGUGGAAGCCAUGCCAGGACAUCACAGGCGACAUUUACUACUUUAACUUUGCCAACGGGCAGUCCACGUGGGACCAUCCGUGCGACGAGCACUACCGGAACUUGGUGGUCCAGGAGCGAGGGAAGCUGGCAUCUUCUGGGGCUGUGAAAAAGAAAGACAAGAAGAAGAAAAAGGAAAAGAAAGACAAGAAGAACAAAGAGACCCCCAGAAAUGCCAUGGCCCUGGGCUCCUCACUGGCCCCAGUCCACGCUCCCCUUGGGGGCCUGGCUCCCUUACGAGGCCUCGUGGACGCCCCGCUCUCCUCUCUUCGCACGUCUCACGGUGUGAGCGUGGGGAGCUCCGUGGAGUCCGGUCAGCAUGGAGAACUCACGCUGCCUUUGCAGGGUCUCAAGACUUCUGCUCAUAUGCAAGGUCUCUUGGGCUCCAUCUGUGAGGACAAGAAUGCGCUCAGCCUCCUGGCUUUAGGGGAGGAGACCAGCGAGGAGGAGGUGGAGAGUGAUAACCAGAGUGUCCGCAGCGCAAAUGAGCUUCUUAAGAACCUGCACCUGGACAUUGGGGUGCUGGGGGGCAACUUCGAGUGUGAGGAGUCUCCAGGAACAAGUCAGCCCGAGGAGAAGGCCCUCUCUCCUGGCUCGGGGGCCGCCAGCCCCCAGACUCACGACAGGCUCUCCGGCCGAGGUGUAGACAGCAGCCUGGCCAGCGCAGGCAGCCGAGGGCCACGGGGAGGAGGGGCGAGCGCCCGGCUCCCGGGAAGAGACAAGAAUCACAAGAGUGACCCUGCAACGACGGCCACGAGUCCCGUGGGCCCGGGGGGCGACCAGCCCGCCACGUCCUGUAAGAGAGACGCACCCCAGGCCCCGGCUGCAGCGGGGGAGGCCGCAGCGGAGCCGGAGGAGGAGGUCCCUGUCCCGGGAGAGAGCAAGUCAGACAGCAGUGAUGCGCAGGAGAUCAGUGAACAGAUGAAGGAGCUACAAGGCUCAGACUCCGAUGCCUCCGACUCCAAGUCCCUCCUUGGCCUGGACUUCGGUUUUCGCGGCCGGAUCUCCAAGCACCUGCUGGACGUGGACCUGCUUUUCCCGGUCCCGGACGGAGCCCGCUGGGCGGCCCAGAGGCUGGGAGGAGGCCAGGACAACAGCCAGUCCAGCCACGAGGAGCUGCAGAGCGAGCCCGCCCUCGGCUCCGAGAGGGUCUCCCCUUCACUUCUGUUCGGGGAGUGGCUUGGGAGCCCCCGGCACAACCAGGCCACCGGGAAAGGGCCUCUGCAGGCCCCUGAGGGGCAGCCUGAGUGGCAGGGGACACAGGCGUCCAUGGAGCACUCUGCACGCAGCCCCCUCCCGCCCGAGUCCCUGAAUAGGGAUGGCACCCCCAGUCCACCUGCCGCCUGCAAGAGUGACGAGGCGCCGGGCUCCCAGGACGAGGAGCCCGAAGGGCCCGAGGAGCCCAAGGAGCCCGAGGAGGAGGUGGUGGCCGGCCCUACCCUGCCCAUCUCUCCGGAGCGGCGAUCUCCAGAGCUCGUGGCUCUCCCAGAGCAGCGCCCAGAGGCCGCCCGGAAGGCCCUGGAGGAGGCGGUGGCUCAGGAACUGGAGCAAGAGCAGAGGCGGCUCCUGGACUUGGGGCGGGAGAAGCUGCAGCAGCUGCGGCAGAGGCUGCAGCAGGAGGAGGAGGAGGAGGCGCGCCAGCUUCAACAGCGGAAAGAGGAGUCUCUGAGGCUCCUGCAGGAGCAGCUGCAGAAGGCCACUGAGGAGGAGGGCACGCGGAUGAGAGAGGAGGAGAGCCAGAGGCUGGCCCGGCUCCGGGCCCAGGUCCAGUCCAGCGCAGAGGCAGAUGCGGAACGGAUCAGGGCGGAGCACCAGGCCUCCCUGCAGAGGCUGAGAGAGGAGCUGACGGCCCUGCAGGAGGCUGAGCGGGCCAGCUUGGAGCAGGGCAGCCGGCGCGUGCUGGAGCGGCUCCGGGGAGAGAUGGAGGCUGCGGAGAGGAGGGAGCAGGCUGUCCUGGAUGCCGAGAAGGAGAAGGCCCGGCAGCAGCGGAGGGAGCAGCUGGAAGGGGAGAGGGAAGAGGCAGCAGCAGCACUGGAGGCAGAGCACAGGGCUGAGCUGGCGCGGCUCCUGUCCUCCCUGGAGGCCAAGCACAGAGAGGCGGUCUCCAGCCUGCAGAAGGAGGUAAAGGAAGUUCAGCAGAAGGAGGAGGCCCAGCAGCAGGAGAGCCGGGGGUGGGCGCAGCAGAGAUCUCGCCAGCUGCAGGAGUACGAGCAGGAGCUCAGUGGCCUCUUGAGAGAGAAGCGCCGGGAGGUGGAACGGGAACACGAGAGGAGGAUGGACAAGAUGAAGGAGGAGCACCGGCAGACCGUGGCGGAGGCCAGAGAGCAGUAUGAAGCCGAGGAGAGGACGCAGCGGGCCGAGUUGCUGGGGCACCUGACUGGGGAGCUGGAGCGCCUGCACCAGACCCAUGAGCGGGAGCUGGAGGCCGUGAGGCAGGAGCAGGCCAGGCAGCUGGAGGGCCUGGGGCUGCGGCACCGGGAGCAGGAAAAGAAACUUCAAGAUUUAGAGGUGGAGCUUGAAACCAGAGCCAAAGAGGUCAAGGCCAGGUUGGCCCAGCUGGACGCUCAGGAAGCCACAGCCACCCAGCAGCACCUGGACGAGGCCAAGCAGGAGCACACGCACCUGCUGGAGUCGAACCGGCAGCUCCGGAGAACUCUGGGCGAGCUGCGGGCCCUCAAGCGGGAGCUGGAGGCCCAGGUGGACCAGCUGCAGGCCCAGGCCCAGGCGCUGCAGAAACGCAUCAGUGAGCUGGAGGCCGAAGCUCAGAGGAAGCAGGAGGCGCUGAAAGGGCUGGCGGCCGAGGCGAGCCGUGCUUCCCCCUCUUGUGAGCCAGACCUCCAUAUCGAGGACCUGAGGACAGCCCCUGGCACCAAGCAGACCAAAGAGGCACCCCCUGCUGUCUCCCCGAGCCCGGAGGCCGCCGACUCGUCCUUGGACAGCUUCCGGCACUACCUCUCCACCGAGGGGGCGGCCCUCCGCAGCGCCAAGGCCUUCCUGGUGCGACAGACGCGCUCCAUGCGCCGGCGGCAGGCGGCCCUGAAAGCCGCGCAGCAGCACUGGGGCCGCGAGCUGGCCGCUCCGGAGGCGUCCGAGGACCUGCUGGGCACCAAGGCCCUGGGCGGCGACGUGCACAAGAGCCUGGAGGAGGAGGCCCGGCACCUGGGGGAGAUGCAGUGUGCCAUGCGGAGAGGCCGCAGCCUGCUGCAGAGGAAGGAGGAGAGGCUGAGCGAGCUGGAGGCCUCUCUGCGGGCCGAGGCUCUGGAUGGGGACACUCUGAGAGGGCCCCCCACCAAGAAGGUGGUGACCUUUGACCUCAGCGACUCGGAAGACACUAACAGUGGAAGCUCAGACUCCUGUCCCCUGCCUCAGGGCAUUCUGCCCGGCCCUGCCUUCCCCCACAAGCUCCGGUGCUUGGACAGCUCCCUGCAGAGCAUCAGCAGCCAGCUGCACCAGGUCCUCAGCCUGCUGGGGGUCCUCAGCACCCCGCCGCCCCCGCCUCCACCGCAGCCACCCCCGCUCCUCACGUCCACCCCGCCCCCGCCCCCGCCCCCCUCCGUCCGGAGGACCCCCACCCAGUGGGCCUGGGACCCGGGGCUGGGCCCCCGGCUCUCCUCCUCCGCCUCCGCCACGCAGGCCGUGGAUGACUUCCUGGUGGAGAAGUGGCGCAAGUACUUCCCAGCUGGGAGCCCCGGCCUCUGCAGCAGCCCUGCCCCCUUGGAGAACAGGCUGGGCUACGUGUCUGCCAGGGAGCAGCUCCGCCUCCUGCAGCACCCCCUCUCGCACGCCCCUGAGGCGGGCAGCGCCGGUCUGCAGGGCAUGAUCGAGGCUAACCGGCGGUGGCUGGACCGCUACAGGAGUGACCCCAAGUUAUAUCCUUUCAGCCAGCUCUCCGGCCCCGGCCCCUUCCUGCUGUAG